ACUCUGCGCGCCGGCGGGGGCUGCGCAGGAGGAGCGCUCCGCCGGCUACAACGCUCCGCGGGCGGCGCGGCGACACCUGUUCGCGGCGGCCAGGGCGGCACGCGGGCUCCCGGACGCGGUCUCCUCGCUCGCCGCUCGCCACCCUGUCUAAGCCAAUGGACAUCUGCCGAGCCUCUGGAGAAUUCUGGAUACUAGCUUUGGACGCCUAAAGUUUUUUUCUUCUUUUUGUUUUAUUAUUAUUAUUAUUAUUUCUGGAGGGGGGACCGGGAGGGGAGAUUUGUCGCCGCCACCAACGUGAGAUUUUUUUUCCCCUUGAAGGAUUCAUGCUGAUGUCUGCAGAGUCGCUUAGAGUAAAAACAGCGCAUGCCUUCCUGGAGUCAGAAUCCGUAAAUUCUGACGUAGCCCGUGCAUCUUAAAAAUCCCUAUAAUAACGCCUAGGCAUUUAAGUUGCUAUGGUCAUUCUGAUCGCAAACCAAAUGGAGGAACUACGGAUUUUUUUUCCUUAUUACGGUCGGAUGGGAUGAAGACCUUCCUGCCUGUUAAGAGCUGGGGAUCUAUCUAUAGAGAUACAUAGAUAUGUUUAUCAAUAUGUCAGUGUGUGAGUAUAAAGUGGUGGUUUCUUAGACUGUCAGUGGUUUGACCUUGAACUUGUGCCAGUGAAACAGCAGAUUACUUUUAUUUAUGCAUUUAAUGGAUUGAAGAAAAGAACCUUUUUUUUCUCUCUCUGCAACUGCAGUAAGGAAGGGGAGUUGGAUAUACCUCGCCCAAUAUCUCCUGGGUUGACACCAUCAUUAUUGUUUAUUCCUGUGCUCCGAAAGCCGAGUCUUCUGAUGGCUCCCUUAGGUGAAGUUGGGAACUAUUUCGGUGUGCAGGAUGCGGUACCAUUUGGGAAUGUGCCCGUGUUGCCGGUGGACAGCCCGGUUUUGUUAAGUGACCACCUGGGUCAGUCCGAAGCAGGGGGGCUUCCCAGGGGACCCGCAGUCACGGACUUGGAUCAUUUAAAGGGGAUCCUCAGGCGGAGGCAGCUCUACUGCAGGACUGGAUUUCACUUAGAGAUCUUCCCCAAUGGUACUAUCCAGGGAACCAGGAAAGACCACAGCCGAUUCGGCAUUCUGGAAUUUAUCAGUAUAGCAGUGGGCCUGGUCAGCAUUCGAGGCGUGGACAGUGGACUCUACCUCGGGAUGAAUGAGAAGGGGGAGCUGUAUGGAUCAGAAAAACUAACCCAAGAGUGUGUAUUCAGAGAACAAUUUGAAGAAAACUGGUAUAAUACGUACUCUUCGAACCUGUAUAAACACGUGGACACUGGAAGGCGAUACUAUGUUGCGUUAAACAAAGACGGGACCCCAAGAGAAGGAACGAGGACUAAACGGCACCAGAAAUUCACACAUUUUUUACCUAGACCAGUGGACCCCGACAAAGUACCCGAACUAUAUAAGGAUAUUCUAAGCCAAAGUUGACAAAGACAAUUUCUUCACUUGAGCCCUUAAAAAAGUAACCACUAUAAAGGUUUCACGUGGUGGGUUCUUCUUGAUUAGCUGUGUCGUCACAUCAGCUCCACUGUUGCCAAACUUUGUCGCAUGCAUGAUGUACGAUGGAGGCUUGGAUGGGAACAUGCUGAUUUUGUUCUGCACUUAAAGGCUUGUCCUCCUGGAGGACUGCCUAUGCGCACUUGCUUGAUUUAUUGUGAGAAGAGCAGAGGGAGACUGAGCGUGGGGGUGUGAGUGUGUGAGUGGAUGGGUAGCAGGGGAAAUUGAAGAGAGAAGCAAAAGCCUAGAGGACAGCGGCCUGAUGCAUGCUGGGAAAUGGACACGCGUUUCCAUUUUUGAUCAGUUGUACUUCAUCCUAUAUCAGCACAGCUGCCAUACUUCGACUCAUCGGGAUUUUGGCUGGUGGCCUGCACAAGGGUAUGCUGCAUUUUCAAAGGCAUAGAGGGUGCAGUCUUACUUAAAAGACUUUUUCAGUUAAUUUUCACUGGUGUCAUCCCAGUGAAUUUCAAGCAAAGACCUCUUAGUAAAAAAAAAAAAUUAAAUUUAUUUAUAGAAAUUCCAAAGGCAACAUUUUAUUUAUUUUAUAUAUUUAUUUAUUAUAUAGAGUUUAUUUUUAAUGAAAUAUGUACAGGCCAGAUAGGCAUUUUGGAAGCUUUAGGCUCUGUAAGCAUUAAUGGCAAAGUCCGCUGCGAACCUGUGGUAAAUUCAUGCAAGUACAUAUAAUGGUGCAUGGAUAUGAGAAACUCUGAUGACCCUAAUGUACUAAAGGCGACAAUCUCUUUUGUGCCCGUAUUAUUGUAAACUUAUGCACAUCAUUCACGACACUGAGUAUUCACUCUUCAGACUGCUUGUUUCAUAGCUUAUCCCAGAGGAUUAAAGAUAAACUGGGUCUCAAACUUUUA